GGAAGCAAGGGCCCGCGCCCGCCGCGUUCCGCUGCCCUCUCUCCUCCGGCUCCCCGGCCUGGGUCUCUGAGUGAGGGCGGGGAUGGAGGAGAAGGUGGACUCCACCGCCGCUCCGGACGGCUCGUGCGUGGUGUCGGCACAGGAGAUCGAAAAGUGGAUGGAGGAGGCCAUGCGAAUGGCCAAAGAAGCCCUUGAAAACACAGAAGUUCCUGUUGGCUGCCUUAUGGUCUACAACAAUGAAGUUGUGGGGAAGGGAAGAAAUGAGGUGAAUCAAACAAAAAACGCUACUCGGCAUGCCGAAAUGGUGGCCAUUGAUCAGGUCCUAGACUGGUGCCAUCAACACAGCCACAGUCCUGCCGAAGUGUUUGAACACACCGUGCUGUACGUCACCGUGGAGCCGUGUGUCAUGUGUGCCGCUGCCCUCCGCCUCAUGAAAAUCCCGCUGGUCGUCUAUGGCUGCCAGAAUGAACGGUUUGGUGGUUGUGGUUCCGUCCUAAACAUUGCCUCUGCUGACCUACCCAAUACCGGGAGACCAUUUCAGUGCAUCCCCGGAUAUCGUGCUGAAGAAGCCGUGGAGCUCCUAAAGACCUUCUACAAACAAGAAAACCCAAAUGCACCCAAAUCCAAAGUACGGAAAAAGGACUGUCAAAAAUCCUGAUGUUCUGAUGAAAGACCGGUGCCCUUUGGAGACCUGGACAGAACUCCCGACUGAGAGCCGUUGGCAUUGCUGGUCAUGUUUAUAUGUCGUUGUUACUGUGGGGGAAAAUGGUGUCUUUUGUCAUGUCAUUUGCUCUGUUAAGGGACCAAGUGAGCCGUUUCUAAAGCCUGACAGAUGUAAACAGCGAUUAGCUCUUCCCAAGCUUCAAGAGUGUUUCGGCAAUGGGAAGAAUUAAGGUUUGAGGUCACAGAGAUCAGCAAGCUAGUGCCCGACCUUCAGCCACAGCUUUAGCCCCAAUGUCUUAGGGAGCAUCUUUGUGGCCUGGGGAGAUGGCUAAGUGAUAAAGUGCUUGCUAUUACAAGCAAGACGCCUCCAUCCCCAGCACCCAUAAAUGCCACCUGGGCUGGGGGGCCUGCCUGUAAUUCCAGCGCUUAGAAGGCAGAGUUGGGCUUCCGAGAUCCCAAAGCAGGCUAACUAGUUAGGUUAGCCCUCAUUGGUGGGGUCUGUGUUCAAGGGAAAGAUGCUGCCUCCAUGAGUAAAGUGAAGAGUGACCUAGGGGGACCCCCAGGGUUCAACCUUAGACCUCACACAUGCAUCCCCCCCCCCAGACACGAGUGCACACACAAGAUGCAAAUACAUACAUCACACAUUAACACCACACACGUACACAUGCAAGCAAAAAAAAGAAAGAAAGAAAGACAAGUCUUUGGAAGAUUAAUUAAGAACCCAACAGGAAGUAGAAGAAGGAAAGAAAGCCUUGGGCUUUUACUGAGUGCGUUCAGACUCAGUCCCGCACAGGACUCCGCCUGGGCUCGUGCUAAUUUGUAAUAUGUCUAUGACCGAGCAUGUUGGGGAUUCAUGUGUGGGUGUGGAGGCAAUGGACAAUCUCAGGUCCCUCUCCUUAGAUGUAGUCCCCUCCUCUUCCUGAUGUUCAUGUUUGUUUAUUUUUAAGGCUAAGUUUCUUAUUGGCCUGAAAUUUACCGUUCAGCUAGGCAGGCUGGCCAGGAAUGCCCGGGGUUCCACCAGUGUCCUCUAGUGCAGGAAUUACAGGUGGGCACCACCCACCACGCUCUCCCUCCCUCCCUCCCUUCUUUCUUUUAAACGUGAGUUUUGGAGAUUGAACUCAGGUCCUUUUGCCACUGUAUACUGUCAGAUAUCUCUCCAACCUGAAAACAUUCCUUUUUAAAGUACUCAGAGAAAAUGGAUGCUUUUUAAAGUAAGUGCUUAAGGGUCAUUUUUAAAUCAUAGCAUAUUGGUACAAUAAAAUUUUAUUUAUGCCUUCUUUGAA